UCAACUAGGUCCACCUAGUGCACCAGAAGCGAAUUUCAACUACAGCAGUAGAAUUUAUCAUACGAAAGAAAUAUCGAUCCGUAACUGUCGAGCCGACCAGACACAAGGACAAUUUGCCGACGGAGCUCCAGGGCGCUCGGGGCGUUUAGUCACGAGGUCUGAAGGCGUCGCGACGCCGCCGCACGGCGCCCCCUAAUGCGGGGGAAAGCGCCGGUAUUGAUUGGGGGUCGCGGGGAAGUCGGGCGCCAUCACGCGGGCCACCGCGACUGGGGCGGCCGCCUACCGUAUUCCGAAAAGAUGGUCAUGAUGGCUGGCAUGGAUGACCACGAGCGGAAAGUAGUCGUCGAGUUCUGUCACCUCCUCGAGAAAAGUAAGCAACUGUUUAACGGACUCCGUGACUUACCCCAGUACGGGCACAAGCAGUGGCAAGCCUACUUCGGGCGCACCUUUGACAUCUACACGAAGCUAUGGAAGUUCCAGCAGCAGCACAGGAUGAUACUGGAUACGAAGUAUGGUCUGAAGAGGUGGCAGAUCGGAGAGAUAGCCAGCAAGAUUGGUCAGCUUUACUACCAUUAUUACCUGCGUACAAGCGAGACAAGCUACUUGCACGAGGCGUACUCCUUCUACGCUGCUAUCCGUGGUCGUGCAUAUUACAGUCGAGCUGCCAAAGAAGACCGUAGUGAUCUGAUGGUGAAGAAGCUGCGUUACUACGCGCGCUUCAUCGUCGUGUGUCUUCUGCUAAAUAAGAUGAAGCUGGUACGAGAGCUGGUGCAAGAGUUGGACGCACAGAUAGCCGAUUAUACGAGUACCUACGAGCCGGAGGAUCAGGUCGAGUGGAACUUGGUGCUCGACGAGAUCAAGGCAUUCGUCAAGGCGGAGGCGUCCGUUGGCGUCCUGCAUGCGGACUCUAAUCCAGUUGUGUUGACCCAUAGACUCGGCCCCUUGACUUCCCCACCUGUCGAGCGUUCGCCACCCAUGUGCCUAUCUCUUCAAGAGAUCCUGAUCGUCGGUAACUGUACUGAUCAGGUAAAGUUCAGUGAGUUAUCGAUGGAUAUGUUUAGGAUGCUUCAAACGCUUGAGAGGGAGCCUAGGGACGAUCCGACGCACCUCCACGAUGCAUCGCCUGCAGGCAGGCUACCCUUCAGGCCUGGGCCCUACCCCUCGGAGAACGGGGCGCCACGUCGUGAUAAUCCCCACAAGUACCUACUCUACAAGCCGACCUACAGUCAGGUCCAGGUGUUCCUCGCAAGUGGUUUUAAGGAACUUCCAGCUAACGGCGCGCUUCUACUCUAUCUAUCUGCUGAUGGUUGCUUCUCUACCGUUAAGCAUCCUGAAGAAAUGGGGUACGACCUGGGCGGCGUCUCGACAAGCAGCAAAAGGGACCCAGAGCACGGGAAGAGGCCAACAGGAGGGAAGGAGCCUCACUGCCUCUAUCCAGGCGACUUGUAUCCCUUCACUAGGAAGCCUCUCUUCGUAGUUGUCGACUCGGACAACAGUUUCGUGUUCCAGCAGAUACCCCGAUACUUCGGUCAGCCGCUUAUGGUCCUGAUGUCGCCUCAGGACACGCCGCCAACCCUCAGAGAUCUUCGUCACGGGGGCAGCUUGUUCACCCUAUUCCUUCACGCGCCUCUCGCCGCCUUUUGCCUUAUAUGCAGCGUCAGGAGUCUCACCGUACACCACUGGGAGCGUUGCCAGAGUUACAUCGAACGAUUCCUCAUCGAGGCCAGUCGGCUCGUUAUGCGAUCUAGAUGCGAGACCAGCGUGCUACAGUUCUUCGGUGAUGAUUUCCUGAGGCUACUGUUGGUACGAUAUGUGUUCUGCGAUGUGGUUCUACAUCUGCAUCGUUCAUUCCGGGGACGGCAACAACGGCCACGGUGUCAUCCGCCACUUCCGGAAGCGGAAGUGCUCGAGCACCCGACUCUUCACCACCUCGUUCUCGAUUUAGCCGCGUGCAUCGAUGCUCGCGAUCACUUUCCUGACAGCAACGAGCUCGCCUGACCCAGGCAUCUUCCCUGCCCAGCCACUGACACAACCCCACUGUUAUCCCCUUACCACCACGAUUAUGAUUAUUGCAAUUACAAUUACAAUUACAAUAAAAUCGUUACAUUGAGACCUCAUUAAACCGCGUCUCGCAGUUA